AUGGAUUUCAGCAGAACUUGCUACUCCAUAGCUACUCGACUUGGGCAAAAGGUAGAGAAGGAGGAUGUGGCAGCUGAAGUGGAUCUAAAGAAGGAUGACAUGAAUCAUGUGGCACUCGUCAUGUGUACAUGUGUUGUAAGGAUUAAUAGAAACGGUAUUGUUGUUGAUCACAUUCGAACACAAAGUGAGGUGGAAGAUAAGGAAUGGGUGUCAACUGUUGAAUAUCGUGCUCGCUGGAUUGCUCUUUUUGGGUGUUUUGUGGCUUCAAAUUUUGAAUGUGUGGUUGCUUUAGUUUAUGCAGAUUAUGAUUUGUCUAGUAGGAAAACUUUAUAG